UGUCCGACCGUAGGCCGCCCGGCUGGCGUCGCAGGAGGUGCCAGAGCGGACGCGAAGCGACAGGUGGUGGCAGCACUCGUUUCCGUGGACGAGCACCGCUCUGUCGGCCGGUGUUCUCCAAGGAGAGAAUAUUAGAGAUCAGCUGCGUCGAGUCAAAGCAGCGCAGGAGCAUUGUUGAUCCGUGAAGCUGUACACCGUGCGCUGAAGGAAUCAGGCAGUGGGCAUCCAGAGCCGAUCCUCUCUACAGGGCAAGAUCCAACAGAGCCUUUCAGAGUUGCCUGCGUCGCAAGUGUGGCGCGGCGGCGAUGAGGAGGUAGCCGGCGCGGCGGGAUGCGGCGGGUGUGCGCCACGGGGCUCGUCCUGCUGCUCACCCUCACAGUGGCGGUGAGCUCGCCGGCGCCGCAGGGUCAGCACGGACAGCCGCAGGCGGGCUCCCCGUCGACGCCCAACCCGGGCGGCGGCGGCCCCAUCAUCCGCAGGGGCCGCGUCUGGCGCGAGUGGCGCCGCGGAGACCCCACGCUCAUCAACAGCCUCUGGAAGAGCAAGACGCCGCUAGGCAACGCUGAGCCGUACAUCGUGCUGGCGCUGCUGAUCGGCUUCGUGACGGUGGUGAUCGGCUGCUGGCUGUCCGACAACUGCUGGUCGCCGGAGCCGGAGCAGCUGGUGACGCUGGCAUAGCAGCAGAAGCAGCC